CCUACUCGUGAUUCGCAGUCCGUAUGCUACAUGUCAUCCCCAAUGUUAGUGAUUACUGCAUUGAUACCGAAAGAAGCUUCCCGUAAGGUGACGAUUUCCGAAAGGCUCUUCUCGAAAACUCUCAUGCUUCUCUCAUGGAGUAUAAAUUGAUCAUGCAACCCUUGGGUGUAUUUCUUCGCGCAGCUCAUAAUGGUCAAAUUCUCCAUCCUCGCAGGUGGCUACAACACUUUUAUUGCCACGUACUUAUUCGAUUCCUCUGCUGGGACUCUUGAUGUCUCUGCAAAAUUCCCCGCUGGCACCAAUACUUCGUGGAUCACACCCCAUCCGACCAACUCUAGCAUUUUCUACGCUACUAACGAGCUUUCGCCCAUGGGCGCGCUUCAAUCUUAUACUACAACUUCGGAUGGAGUUGUCUCAGGUCCACAUGAUACUGUUCCCUCAGGCGGAAGUGAUCCGGCGUUCACAGUAGCUUUGUCUACUGGUCAAGUCGCCAUCAUGAAUUAUGACUCUGGAAAUGGACGGAUAUUCCCUACGGACUCCACGUCUUUGAAGUUUGACAACGACUCCGCGCCUAUUAUCACCUUUCCGCCGCCUGUGGGUGGUGUGUCUCAUCCGCACAUGGCGUACGAGUACGAGGGAGAAGUCAUUGUACCCGAUCUGGGAGGCGACAAGCUCUGGAGAAUUACUCGAGAUGACGGUCCAGCUCAUCCAGGGGACUGGAAUAUCACCGGGCUUAUUCCUCAACCUUUAGGGAGCGGUCCUCGACACAUGAAGAUUUUCGGGGAUCGAAUUUUCGUCAUCCACGAACUCGCUUCUACUUUGACCGUUCAGCCAAUACCUGCUCCGCCCAAUGGGACUUCGGACAUCAUCGAUAGCAAACUGAUUACUCCUUCCGGCUUACCUGCAGGGGCCGCGAUGGCAGCGGCGGAGAUACUCAUUCCCAAUCCAACUUUGAAAUUCCCGACUCCGUAUAUUUAUGUUUCGAAUCGGAACACGGGCGUGCAAGACCCACGCGGGGACGCCAUAGCCAUUUUCGAGCAUGUUAACCCCGGGAAGCCUGAUGAGGGGCUAAAACUUAUCACGGAGGUCUUCACUGGGCUGGAUCAAAUUCGAGGGAUGGAAAUUGGACUAGAGCGUAAUGGAGGGGAUGAAUUCCUCAUAGCAGCCGGUGUCGCUGGAUCAGCGGGAGCGGUGGUGUAUCAGAGAGUAGAUGGGGGAAGGAAUUUAACAGAGGUGGCGAGGAAUCUGGACAUACCCACGAGAACCACCUUUAUCUGGCUAUAGGACGAUGAAAAUUUGUUCGUUGUAGCACAAUUAUCUACAUCUUCAUAUAAAGAUCUGUCAUUUUAGCGAAUCUUCCGCGGGGUCGGUUCUUUCGAAAGAAUACAAAAGUUCAAUAUCUUUGGCGAAGAAAGGAUCUUCGGGAGCCUUGCAGUUGUGAGUAAAGACUGGAUGACGAAGAAAGGCGCCCACCCGGCACGGCUCCAACGACCCGGCAGUUGAUUACUG